AUGCCCAAGGUCUUCGGCAACACCACACUUGUCGUGUCCCAGCGCCACAACCGCACCUACUCCGCCAAGAGCGUUACGCAGUUCCUCAACGACAUCGGGUUCGCCGACGGGGUUGAGCCAUACCGGGCGCGGAUAUGGCCGCUCGGUGAGGUCCUGCCGGAGCCCGGCAUGCCGGUCACGUGCCUCGUCGGCACCGGCGUCGACACCAUGGAGAGCCUCGUGUUCGGGGACGGGGGGUUCGACGCGGGUCCCGUCAAGGUCGUGUAUGGCGACGACGACGGGACGGUGAACCUCGCCAGCCUCAUGGGACCGAUCAAGGCCUGGUCCGACUCGCCGGCGCAGGUCCUGUAG